UCCUGCCUUUUAUUGAUGACGUCACAUUUCCGGAACACGCCGCUCCCUCGCCGGUGUUCUAAAGCCGCUCGCGCCCCCAAUGGGCGUGUGCGCGGCGCGCGUUCACGACACACACCAGGAAAUAUGGCGGCGCUCAUGACUCUCAGUCAGUUAUCAAAUGGAAACGCAACAUAUGAAAAUUAUUACAGACAGCUUGAUCCAGCAAACACAGGCAAAAUAUCAGCAGGCGAUGCAGCUCAGUUUCUUAAAAAGUCUGGAUUAUCAGACAGUACACUUGGAAAAAUAUGGGAUUUGGCAGAUUCUGAUAGAAAAGGCUAUUUGGAUAAGAGGGGUUUCUUCAUUGCAAUGAGACUGGUGGCAUCAGCACAGGGUGGAAAUGACAUCAGCCUUAACAACCUCAACCAAAAUGUAGCUGUGCCAAAAUUUAGAGACACUGAAAGCCCGUUAGUAAAUGCAUCAUCAACAACAUCUGACUGGGCAAUUAGGCCUGAUGAAAAGGGGAAGUUUGAGGCGAUUUUUGAAAGUCUGUCCCCUGUGAAAGGUCUCCUCUCCGGUGACAAGGUCCGACCUGUUUUGAUAAACUCCAAGCUACCUCUGGAUGUGUUGGGAAAGAUUUGGGACCUCAGUGACGUGGACAAAGAUGGACAUUUGGACAAAGAGGAAUUCAUAGUGGCCCUGCAUCUCGUUUAUCGCACCAUGGAGAAGGAGCCUGUCCCAAGCAGCCUUCCUCCUUCUCUUAUCCCACCUUCCAAAAGAAAAAAAUCUGCACCUGCUCUUCCUGGCGCUGUGGCCGUUUUGCCUGUCAUGUCGGGCCUCGGAUCCGGAUCGGCUCUGAAGGAUGCUCUGCGGAGCUCUCCUUCUCUGAGGAGCGCUACUCCUCCUGUGGGGAGUGCCGCGUCUUCUCUGGGUGGCAUUUCACCCCUCAGUCCCAGCGGUGUCACCUUGUCCCCAAAACACUCCUUUAAAUCCAGCUCACCAUCCACUCCAGCGGCUGCAGUGAACUGGGUGGUACCGGUGGCCGACAGAGAAACAUAUAGAGAGCUUUUUAAAAAAACGGACACUGAUGGGGACGGCUUCAUCACAGGCACUGAGAUCAUUGAGAUCUUCAUGCAGUCCAACCUCUCUCAGACCAUGCUGGCGCAGAUCUGGGGACUCGCUGACACAAAACAGACAGGCAAACUGACCCCGGAGCAGUUUGCUCUGGCCAUGCAUUUCAUCCAGCAGAAGGUGACAAAAGGCAUCGACCCUCCCUCUGCCCUCACUAUAGACAUGAUCCCCCCGUCAGAGAGGACGGCAGCAUCGGCUAUGGGCCUUAGCUUUAUGGGGAUUCUUCCUUCUGUGAGAGCAGACCUGGUUUCCUCAGCCAGUAUGCGCAGAGACAGCACCAGCUCCAUUGGGUCAGUUGAGCUCACAGGCAACAAAGAGCUGGAUGACCUCAGCCAGGAAAUAGCUCAGCUGCAGAGAGAGAAGUUUUUCCUGGAGCAAGAGAUUAUGCAAACAGAGGAAACCAUAAGACAGAAAAACAGUGACGUUCAGGACAUUCAGCUGGACUUGGACAGGGAGAGCAGCAGCCUGCACAGCCUGACGUCCCAGAAGCAGGACGCUCAGGGACGUCUGGACGAGAUGGACCAGCAGCGCUCCAAGCUGGAGGGAAUGCUCAAUGAACUGAAGCAAAAAUGCCAGGAGGAAUCUCAGCAGAUUUCUUCUUUGCAAAGUCAGAUCCGCUCUCAGGAGACCAACGUUCGCAGCCAGGAGGACGAGCUGAGCCGCACCAAGGCGGACCUGAGCCGACUGCAGGAGGAGGAGGCCCAGUUGGAGCAGAGGCUGGUGACCGGCCGCGUUCAGCUGGACAGCAUCGUGAAGUCGCUGCAAACCACGCAGGAUGAGAUCAACCAGGCUCGCAGUAAGUUGUCGCUGAUCCAGGACACGCAGAAGGAACUGACCCAAACUAUUGAGCAGUACAACAGCGCUUUGAGCGAGAUCAACAGGGGGAACUUCAGCAAUCUGCCCGAUUUGAGCGAAGGUUUCACCGAGAGGGAGAACGGAGGAUUCAGGGGUUCGGAUGACUCUUUCAAGUCAAGGAUAGCCAUGUUCAACAACAACGGCAUUAAAAAGGAGCUUCCUGCAGACCCCUUCCAAGUAGAAGACCCCUUCAAAUCUGACCUUUUGAAAGAUCCAUUUGGAGAAGAUCCUUUCAAAGAAAACGAUCCCUUCAAGGGAACCUCAUCUGACGACUUUUUCAAGAGAUCCAACAAGACGGACUUGUUUGGCUCUGGAGAUCCUUUCAGUAGAAAACCCACACCACCAGCUAAGCCGAGCGCCUUUGGGAGUGGCGACCCAUUUGCAUCAAACAGCUCUCAAACGAAGGAUUCAGACUUGUUUGGAAAAGCGGACCCGUUUGGAAGCAGUUCUUUCGGAGGCAAAGGCGGCGGAUUUGCUGAUUUCAGUCACAUGUCAAAGAAGCCUGACCCUCCUAAGAAGAAUGUGCCUAACCGGCCCGCGCCUCCCUAUGGAUCUGAAGUUGUGAAGUUUGGAAGUGAGAACCAGCAGCUGGAGUGGGCCAAGCGGGAGAGCGAGCGAGAGGAGCAGGAGCGACUGAGGCGGCUGCGGUUGCAAGAGCAGCAGGAUCUGGAGCUGGCCAUCGCUCUCAGCAAGGCCGACCUGUCCAACGCCUGACCUCCAGCUCGGUUCUCUGUCCACCUUCAGUCCGUUUACAGGCCCAUCACCGCAGCUCUGUGUUUCUCAAAUGACUUUAGAUUUAAAACCGUUGGACGUACAAAUGCCAGCUGUAAACGGGGGAGAAUCCAGACUUCAUCUUUGCUUAGUGCCACAAUAGGAAAGUUUCAGACUCCAGAGCUGCAUCUCCGCCUGCUGACUUUUCAAGCUGCUUGCUUGGUAAACCCUUUAAGAGUUAUCUAUAAUUAUUUCAAAUCCUGCGCUACAGUAGCCACCGUCUCUUCAUGUGCAUAAAGCUUUCUGGGUCAAUGGUGACGUAGAAUUGCCACUUGAGUUACCACAACAGUACUGUUACAACUUUUACCAGACAGUUGGUCAAAUAUUCUCCUCCUGAACCUUCAGCCGUCAGUAUAAAAUAAUGUGAAGAUCAAAUAUUUAUGAGCACAAUUGAAGACAAGUGUCUUUCAUUUUAGAGAUGCAUCAAGCAGAAUUUUGAUUUCUGUACACUUUUCCCUCUGCCAGUAUGGAUUUUGAUUUCUUUUUAAGAGCUUUAAUGCUUAAAAUGUUUUCUAUCUCUUCUCCCAUAAGAAGUUAAUUAUUCAUACAGAGUGUAGCCAGUGUCAUUAUUUAAACUGACUUUAUUAACCAUUACUAAUACAUCAGUCUCCAUGUUGAACCUUAUUUCAGACAGUCACAAAAGAUUUUCAACAUUUUCAAAUCCACAUAAGUUUAAAUAUUUUUCUGAAAGUCUAAAUGAAAAAAUAUGAAAAUAUUUUUUCUCUUUAAAGCUGCAGUAUGUAACUUUAAUUAAAAUAUAUAUUUUUUUACACAUGUAUUAAAACUGGCGGCAGUUUUAUGACAGUAUACUGUUACAAUAUAUUUUUAUAUUGUAACAGUAUAAUAUGAGACCAAUAAUCUGUGUUUUCCCAGUGAUAAUUAGAAACAGCCAAUUAGAACCAUGAGGCAGGUCUUAGCGCUGUCAAUCAUCCUCCUUGUGGCGCUGCUCUUGCCCCUUACUCUCUUCAGCUAGCAAGCCUGUCGUGAAGGCUCAGGCUAGUUAGCGUGGCCACUGCUGAUCAGUUUUUCUGUAAGUUGUUUAGUACACUUAGCAACGAGUACAUGAGGAUGAUUGACAGCGCUAAGAUCUAGUCCUCCUGGCUGUUUUUGGUCGGACAUUGUGCAUUUCUUCAAACAGCAAUAGUAGCUCAGGAAGAAGGUGAAGGAGACUGAUAUUUUCACACUCUUAACAUACUGUCAUGGCGACAGUUUCAACAAAUAUGUAAAAAAUAUUUCUUAAAAAAGUUACAUACUGCAGCUUUAAAUAAUUUUUUGCAUUGCUGUGCUUUGAUGGUGAAAGUAGAUAACUUGGCUGUACUCCUUUCAGCCCUCUGUUAAUCUGAUUAAAGUCUUGCUUUCUCUCGCCAUCUUGCAGCCAGUUAGAGAAAAUACAAUUUCCUUUCAGAUUUUUACUGUUCUCCCUCUAAACUGAUUAUUACUGACAAAAGCUCAUUUUGAGUCUUUUACUGAUUUAUUGUUUGCGCAACCUGAUAGUGACCACUUAUGGUGUGUUCAUUGAUCAGAAAAGCGUCUGAUUUUUGAGUGUCCGACCAGCCGCGCUGAAAAUUUGACCACCACAAACUUCUUGGUGCAUCUCUAAUUACUACCGACCAGACCUUCAUCUUCUGCUGUAUGUUGUUGUUUAUUUCUUUACCCAUUUUAACCUUGGAAAAACAUCCAAUGCUCAAAAACAAUAAACCUGAUCACAAAGGAGCAACCUGAAUUUGUUCCCCUGUCUGUGCAGCAGCUAUUUUUCAUAAACUCUCCUUACUCCCAAUGACCGCCCACCUUGUGCUUGUUGGUCUGUUUACCUUAAACAGCUGAUUACAGGAGGUGGAGCUGCUCUGCCAGCAUUAAAAAGGCACUUGUAGCACAGACUCAACACACUUUACCCCUACUCUCAUCUUCCCACCUCUGUCAUCAUCUUCAUCUUGCCGCGCGGGUCCAGUAAUCUCUGCCGAGUUGUCUGAGACGGCACUCAGAGGGGGGGAGGAUGUAUUUAUCUCAUAGUAGUCUCGCAGACUGGAGCCAUUCACAGCCAUUUUAUCUAAAUACUAACUAUAAUGCUUUGCAACAUAAACACUGGAGGACUUUUCUCUGAUAUUAUGACAUCCAUAUGCCUCUUCUCUGUGUUAGUGUAACAGGUCGUGCGAGUCGAAUUAGGAAUCUUUUACAGUUUUUGUAUGAAAUCAAAGAAUGUGUGGCGUAUGAAGUAAAAUGCAUUUGAAGUCUGUUUUCCAUAAACAUGAGUGAGACAGAAAACGUUAUAUUUAAAGUCAAACAGAAGACGUCAGCCCGUCUGCUGGCCUGAGCUUGUCCAGCUCCAGAUGGUUAAAGAAACAUUUUACCCACUCCAUGCUUUAUGAUUACAUUACAUAUAAAUGUGCAAGUUUUGGAUACUCCAUAAGCUGCCUUGAAGGACUUGGUGUGAUCCGUUUUUCUGUUGUUACACAUGAUUUUAGUUAUUUAUGCCUUUGUGUCUGCGGAGGAGGAAUUAAAUUCAAAGCCAGUGAUGAUCAUUCCUCCAGUUAUGACCCAGUUGUUCCCGGUUUCUCAGUGUUUGUCGAAUUGAUGCUUUGUUGUGACAGACUUGCACUCCCAUACAACUAAAAGCCUCUUUAAAACGGAAAAGUGUAAACCCACUUUGUUUAUGCUGUCGCUGUUACAGUUACGUCCUCUAAGUGACAUCACUAAAGAUUGCUCUUUUCUGACAAACAAAAUCAACUUUUAGAUGUUGUUUUUUUUCUGUUAUGUUUAUGUUUUAGUAUGUGGAAGACAGCUUUCCAAAUGCAUUCCCACCCUCCAACACUAAUCAGGUCUAUGUGGCACAUAAAGAAUGUGUCGGAUAGACUUGGCAGGUACAUGUCCUAUAGGCUACAUACAGGGCAUGUACAGCAUGUGACAUCGCCUUAAUUAUCUACAUAUCAGCAUUGUAAGUUGUAACAUUGCAAAGUAUAUAUGUAAUUAAUAAAAAUCAGGUAUCUUGUUUUGA